AUGCGCACGUUUAAUUUUGCUGCCAACACCUUCAUCUUUGUAGUUGCUAUUGCAACUUAUCUGUCAUUUGCGUUGCAUACCUUAGCCUACAACAUAGACACUUUGAUGCCGGCUAUCGCCAAAAGGAAAACCAAUGCGCCAAUAAAUGCCGGCGUAAUCACGCAUUGGCAACAGCGGCAGCAGCAGCAGCAGCAGCUAACAAAACAACAAAAUGAUUCCGCUUUGCCGGUAAUGUCGACCGGCACAGCGGUCGAUCCACUAGAGAAUGCAUCUGCUGGGAUGACAUUGAAUUCGAGUGCGUUUGUAACCUUUACACCUGACAGAGGAUACGUAUACGAAGACCGGCAAGGUCAUGUGGUGAAGCGCGAAAAUAUCGAAUACGAUUUGUCUGGCUUGCGCGUGUACAAUGUGGGUGUGUUGAUGGCAUCGCACUUAGAUUCACCAUUUGAUUUGGAGCGCUGUGGGCCUGCCGUAGACUUGGCACUGGAUGUUAUCAAUAAGGAAUUUUUGAGACCGCAUAAAAUUAAAUUGCGCAAAGUGCAAGCAAGUUAUCCGUCAUGCUCUGGUGCAAAGGCGCCUGGGUUGGCAGCUGAUAUGCAUUUCAAAGAUGACGUUAUAGCGUUUAUUGGACCCGCAUGUGCAUUCGCAUUGGAGCCGGUUGCACGUUUGGCAGCUUAUUGGAAUUCACCCAUUAUAACUGGGAUGGGUGAUCAGCCGCCUUCAGAUGAUGAAUUAACGGUAACAUCGGGUAUUUUGGGAAAAAUUCAUAAAUGGAAAAAUGAAAGUACGGGCAUGUUUAAAGAUAAAAGCAAAUAUCCAACACUCACACGUAUGUCCUAUUGUCAAUGCCGUUUGAAAUUAGUUUUUGCUAGCAUAUUUCGUCAGUUCAAUUGGAAACAUGUGGCGUUGAUCAUUGACCGCUCGGACCUUUUUUCGCUAACUGUCGGCAAAAACCUGGAGUAUGGACUACGACAAGAAGGUCUACUUAGCUUUGUACGUGAGCUGAAUGGCAAUGAGCAAGAGCCAUAUGAAAAUUAUUUGAAAGAUGCAAGUAUGUAUGCGAGAGUGGUAAUUCUGUCAUUGCGUGGCAUUUUAGUCCGGAAAUUUAUGCUCGCUGCUUACACAUUGGGCAUGACGAACGGCGAAUGGGUAUUCCUUGAUGUGGAAAUAUUUCAAAGCUCUUAUUGGGGUGAUCACGACUGGGAAAUGGGUGAUGCACUCGAUAGUCAUGCGCGCAAGGCAUAUGAAGCAUUAUUGCGUGUUUCUCUGCUGCAACCGACUAAUCCACAAUAUCAGGGAUUUGCAGACAAAGUGCGGAUAAUGGCCAAAACGUACAAUUAUACUUUCAGUGAGGGUGAAGAAGUAAACUUUUUUAUUGGCGCUUUCUAUGAUGGCGUUUACUUGCUCGGCAUGGCUUUGAAUGAAACUCUUACGGAGGGUGGUGACAUACGUGACGGCAUGGCUAUAACACGACGUAUGUGGAAUCGCAAUUUUCAUGGCAUAACUGGUCAUGUGCGCAUUGACGACAAUGGUGAUCGUGAUGCUGAUUAUUCUAUUUCCGAUUUGGAUCCGAUAAAUGGAAAAUUUGAAGUAGUAGCCCAUUACUAUGGUCUACAUCGCGAGUAUUCGGCUGUGCCUGGUAAGAAAAUCCAUUGGCCUGGUGGACGUGAAGGCCCACCGCCAGAUGUGCCACGUUGUGGAUUUUUAGGCAAUGCACCAGAGUGUCAUGGCAAUGAGUUAGUCAUCAUGUAUGGAACUUUUGCAUUUGUCAUAUUUAUUGGAUUCUCUUUUUUGGUGGUAUACCUGAUGUGCAAACAAAUGAAGUUGAAUAAUGAAUUGAACAACAUGUCAUGGCGUGUCCGCCCAGAUGAGGUACUCCUUGAGGUAGGAAGACUGUAUGGCAGUAAAGUUGGUCUACAAAAACUCAAUGUGGAGAACUUUUCGCUUCAGCAGUAUGAUAUCCAUUCCGGACGCGCAUCUAUUGCUAGUUGUGCCUCGCUACCGCUCACCCAAGUCUUUACCACAAUUGGCAUUUUCAAAGGUGAACGUGUCGCCAUUAAGAAGAUACAUCGCAAGAAGGUCGACAUUACACCAACGCUCUUGUGGGAAAUCAAGCAGGCGCGUGAUGUUAGCCACGAGAACACGGUGCGUUUUGUUGGCGCCUGCAUAGAUUUGCCACGCCCGACCGUACUAAUACUUACCGAAUACUGUCCCAAGGGUAGUUUAAAAGAUGUGCUCGAGAACGAGGCGAUACAAUUGGAUUGGAAUUUUCGUAUGUCGCUCAUCCACGAUAUAGUCAAGGGCAUGGCUUAUCUGCAUAAUAGCGAUGUGCAGGUUCAUGGCAAGUUACGCUCGUGUAACUGUCUCAUCGAUGGCAGGUUUGUGUUGAAGAUCUCUGAUUUUGGUUUGCGUUCAUUGACUACGCCAUCGGAGUUUGUAAAGGAUCAAAAUUAUUUUAAUAAAUUCCUUUGGAUUGCACCAGAGCUGCUACCUGUUACAGUACUACCCGGUAAUCCGGCCACGCAGAAGGGAGAUGUUUACUCAUUUGCUAUAAUAUUGGAAGAAAUUGUUGUUCGCGGUGGCCCCUAUGAAAUGGCACGCCAGUUUAUGGAUGUGCAAACUAUAGUGAAUCGAGUGGAGGCGCAUGAACUACCACCAUUUCGACCCUUUGUUGGUCAACGCGACUGUCCGCCCGAUGUACUAGACUUGAUGGAAAAAUGCUGGGCUAAUAAUCCGGAUGAUAGGCCGGCAUUUGCUACGAUACGAUCAUCGGUGCGAUUGAUUAUGAAAGGUUUUUGCGAGAACCUAAUGGAUGAUUUAUUACGUCGCAUGGAACAGUAUGCCAAUAAUUUGGAAAGUUUAGUAGAAGAAAAGACCGAACAACUGAGUAUGGAAAAACGUCGCACUGAAGAGCUACUUUAUCAGGUGCUUCCAAGACCUGUAGCAACACAGUUGCUGGCAGGCGAAAUGGUACAACCGGAACAAUUUGAGUGUGUAACUAUCUAUUUCAGCGAUAUUGUGGGUUUUACGGCGCUAUGUGCUGAAAGCGGACCCAUGGAAGUGGUCGCCUUUCUGAACGAUCUCUAUAGCACAUUCGAUCGUAUUAUCGGCUUUUAUGAUGUGUAUAAGGUUGAAACAAUUGGUGAUGCAUACAUGGUGGUUUCGGGCUUACCCGAACGUAAUGACGAUCAUGCACGUGAAAUAGGUCUUAUGGCGCUUGCUAUAUUGGAUGCCGUAAAAUCAUUUACGAUACGUCAUAAACCAGAUUAUCAACUAAAAAUAAGGAUUGGCAUACACGCUGGUCCAGUUUGUGCGGGUGUUGUUGGUCAAAAGAUGCCACACUAUUGCUUGUUCGGUGAUACUGUGAACACAGCUUCACGCAUGGAGUCAGCAGGGUUACCCCUAAAGAUACACGUCUCUUCAGCGGCCAAAGCUAUUUUCGACAAAUUUGGCACUUUUCAAAUGGAAUUACGCGGCGAAGUCGAAUUGAAAGGCAAAGGCACAGUCACUACUUAUUGGCUUUUGGGUUGCACUGAACCAGAUCCGCGACCACCAACGCCACAAAAGAACAAUAACGGUGAGGUACCAUUCCCCAUACUCUUUCCAGCAAUUGGUAAAUAGCUCUCAGCUGCCGAAGGAUUAGAGCAUGAUUGAUUGUAGGGCCUCCGAAAUAUGAAAUACGCUCAAUUGUUACCUGUUAAAAUGUUUUA